AUGGGUAAUAGUUCAUUAGUUGCAGUUCCCUCUAAAAUAAAGGCUAAAGCUCAAGAUAAAGAGAGCUCAAUACUUAGUAUUUCAUUUGAGCCUCCGACUCAUAUGAUAAAAAAGAAGGGGAAAGCAAGUUCUGUUAUUAGUGGUGCAGAGCUAAGGGAGAAACCAAAAUCAGAAAGUAAAAAAGGUAAAUCAGGUUCUGUUUUGAGUGAUUCAAUUGUGAGCAAAGAGUCAUCUAGUUAUAACUGGCCUAAUAAUAAAAAGCCCAAGCCCAAACUCAAACUUAUUGAGUUAGAAAUGGGUAACAAAAAUGAGCCCACAACUAAAGUAAGUGAUGAUCAAUCAGUUACAAAGUCCAAGGGCUUAGGAGUUGGUGAAAAACCUAAAGAGACACCAAUACCACAAAUUGGAAAGCCCAUUGUGAAGUAUAGUGGAAAUGAAUAUGGAGGCCCAAAAGGCCCAAUGCAAAAUGGCAAGUUUGUUUAUGGAGGCCCAUUAAAGGCAAAUUCUCUUUGGUCCGAGUCCGAAAUUGGGCCUUCAGCAUCUGAAGUGGCAGCUGCAUUGGUCGAAAAGAGAUAUCCAUUGGAUGAUAAAAAGAGCUCAGUCUUGGAUGGUUGGAGCUUAGAUGAGAGCACCGAGGGGCUCCGAUCGAAGCUCGAGAGGUGGCGAACGGAGCUUCCACCGAUAUACGAUCGUGGGAUGGCCUCAAGCAGCUAUCAUUCGACCGGACGUCACCCGAGAAGGCAUUCGGACGGAGGGAGUAGCUUGUUUUCUUGCUUUGGUAAUAUUUGUGGGUUUGAAUGCCAAUGCAUUUGUGGUAAGCCUCAAAGGAGAAGUCUUAACAACAAGUAUCGUAGCCCAUCAACUGCUAGUCGAUCAUGGCUUUAA